AUGUACGGCCACCACAACCGUUUCCGCGGCGGCCCUCGACAGCCGCCGCCGCCGCCGCCGCCAGCGAGUGUCCCAAACCCUAAUGUAUUCUUCCAACCACAACCGUCUUUCUCUUCCCACAACCUCCAUCUCCCAAACACUGCUUGGCCUUUACCAUUCCAAAACCCUCUCGGUUUCACCCCUCACCACCAGCAGCAGCAGCAGCAGCCGCCAUCGAUUCCGCCCCCGCCACAACCGCAAAAUCCCAAGCACGAAAUCGAUAGGGUCAAUCGAGCUGCCGAUAAGGCCUUCCGCCAUCUUCUCGCUGCCGGCGACUCCGUCUCGGCGUGGAAGGUAUCCCAGAAUGCUCUUUUGACGCUCCAAGUUGACUCGUGGAACUCUUUGGGCAUCAAAAUGCAGCAAGUUCCCGUACUGCACUGCCUUAUGAUCACUGAAGGCAAGGUGAAUGCUUUUAUCCAUUGUUUUGUUGGGGUUCGGAGAAUCACUUCAUUAUAUGAUUUGGAAGUGGCGAUUUGCAAGAAUGAGUGUGUUGAUAACUUUGAAGCACUUGGAAUGGGACCUUUGUUGCGGCACCCAUUAGUUAUUCAUUAUUUCUCGAUUCAUUCAGAUGUAACCCAAGUGUUUAAGAUAACAAGCGAGGAGAUAACUCAGUUGUUAUGUGAAUUAGAUUCUUCUAAAAGAAAAGAAAUCAUAAGGGUUGAUGAGUUUUUGGAUUUUAUUGCUAAGAAGCGAUCGGUUAAGUGCAGGGAAUGGCUUGGGAUUCGAAUUCAGAACUUGGGAAUGCACAUAUCUGCCAUACGGGAAGCAAGAAAUUCAGAGGAAUCAAUUCUAGAGAAAUGCUUGAAGACAUUAAGAUUGAAAAAAGAGAACUUCAGGAAGCGUCCUAUUUCUUCCUCAUAUAAAAAACAGUUAGAUGAACGUUUUAGUGCCAUUGCUCAGCGUGUUGAGUCAUUUUCUUCUGAAAAUAAGUCUUUUUGUGGCAAGUAUACAAGAUUUAAGUCAUCAAGCUCAGAAGAUGAAGGUAGUGAUUAUUCUACGGAUAAUGAUAAAAAUAAUAAUAUUAUUACGGGUAGCUGGUCAAAGGCAUCAUCACAAUUUGGCCAAAGUUCAGAACGAGUGAGUAGCUGUCCCUACCCAUCUGCAACUGAAGAGAUGGCACGACUUGGGGUGGGGGUUGAUAUGCAGGGACAUUCCCUUGCCAAUAGCAACCUUAAAAAAGGAUUUAUUGAGCCUCCAAAAAAAAAAAGAAAAUCCGAAAAUGUAACUUAUUCCAAAUCUGCUCCGUCCAAGUUGCUUAAGAAAAACAAAAUUGAAGUUGAUGUAACCCCAAUUGAGAAUGGUAACACAACCAAGGCAACAAGUAAUGUGGAUGAAGAUCUUUCAAUUGCUAAUGAUUCCUUGCAGUUGUUUGUAUCAACCUGGAAGGAGGCAUGUUGGGAGCACAAUGUUGCCGAGGUUUUGGAGAGGAUGCUUCGAUUCUAUGAAGUAAAACCCGGGCACAGGAGGAAAAUCAGAAUGAUGUGCUCAUCAUAUCCUUUCAUUGGGUUACUUAAUACUGCUGUUUCAUCUAUCAAAUCUGGUAUGUGGAACAGCAUCUAUGAUACCUUCCAAGCUAUCAACCAUAAUGAAUUAACUAACUCACCGACCAAAAGUUCUGAAUAUGAAACCAUAGAUGUUGGACCAAGCCUGGAAAAUAUACCAGUCAUAACCGAGGAUAGCACAGAGAAUACAAAGUGUAUUUCUGCUGAAGAUAUCAUCAGAAAAAUUGGAACCUAUUUUGACCUUAAUAAUGAAGUAAAUAGAAAUAGUAACUCACUGAUGCAAUGUAGAAUUAUGUUGUUGAGGAAGUUUUGCAACUGUGAAAGUUGGGUGGCUGAGCAGUUUGGUGUGAAGAACUUCACUUCUCUUGGUUAUGGGGAUUUCUUAUUAUUCCUUGAGAAGUAUGUUAACCAGUUGCCUCAUGAGCUACUCAAAUUGUUGGAUGGAGGCACAUGUGAAAAUUCCUCUUCUGUGGCCUACAUGUCCUCAAAUCAGUUGGCUGCUCUAGUAUCUCAGGCUUGUAGUAGUUUGUGGAAAAAUGAAACGGUAACAAAGCAGAUGAUUUCUGUGCUGCUUAUGAGACAGUUUCCUUCAAUUGGUUUUGAGGUUUUGGAAAAUGUCUCUCUUGAGGAUCUGCUGGAUACUGCUCGAGUGCAUAAAUCUAGUGUGACUUCAGAAUGUGUUUUAUUUUCUGCAACAAUGAUAGAAAAGUACUAUCUUGAAGACUCAUUAGGUGAUAGAGAUAACAAUGAAAUCACCACUGAUAGGUCUAAGUUGAGCCAGUACACAAUAAGCUCUGGAUCUGUUACAACAAAAAAUGCAAUUGAAGUCUUACUUAAGGCACCAAUGUUGUCUGAUUUGAGCAAGUGGUCUCAUUGGGAUCUUAUGUUUGCACCCUUCCUAGGGUCGUUUAUUUCAUGGUUGUUGAAUGAUGUAAAUUCCAAGGAAUUGUUCUGUUUGGUUACCAGAGAUGGAAAGGUGAUACGGAUAGAUUGUUCUGCUACCCCAGACUCUUUCCUGGAGGCUGCAGUUCAAGGAUCUUCUUUCCAAACUGCAGUGAAUUUGCUAUCUCUUAUCUCACUAGAUGGGGGAGAGAAACGUGUUCGGUUGUCCCUUCUAAAAUACGAUGCCUGUCGUGCAUUUGAAGUCAUGUUCAGAAAAACUCUAAAAGAUAUUGAAGUUGGUGAUGAUGGGAAUGCUCUCCAGUCUGAGGAAGCUUUAUGUAAAACAAAAUUUUUAACUGAAAUUUCAACUACUAAAAUGAGAAGUGAGUUUAGGAAAGACAUACAUAAACUGAGUAAGGUAGUGCCCAUUCUGUCAAGGUUUGUCCUUGAAUGUCUUGGUUAUCUACCUGCUGAAUUUCAUAGUUUUGCUUCUGAUGUGUUGCUUUCCGGGAUGCAAUCUGUUUGCAAGGAUGCUGCUUCAGCUAUUUUAUGUGAAUGCAGCAACAUGGAGCAACGUCUCAUGCUUCAUGAAGUAGGAUUGUCUCUGGGUAUUUCCGAGUGGAUUAAUGAUUACCAUGCAUUUAUUUCAAAAGACACUUCUGUCCUUUGUUGUGCUCGUGUUACAUGCUUAAAAGAUGCCAAAACUGAAAUAAGCACAAGCCUGAAGCAUGACCAAGAGAUCUUGGAUAAGUCUCCUGUGCCUGAAGCAAAAAUGGUUGCAUGUGGACUCAAUGAAGGGUGCACAGAAAUCAGUCGAACAAUUGAUAGUGAAAAAUCUAAUGAUGAAUCUAUAACUGGCUGCCUGGAAAAUUCAUUUCAAACUGAUGAACAUAUGGAUGCUGCUCUGAUCAUCAAAUCUAUUAGGCGAGAUGAAUUUGGCCUAGAUCCAAGCCUUUCUGAUAGUGAAAGUUGCAUGUUGAAGAAGCAACAUGCUCGGUUAGGGAGAGCACUGCAUUGCCUUUCACAAGAGCUAUAUUCCCAAGAUUCACAUUUCAUUCUUGAAUUGGUUCAAAAUGCAGAUGAUAAUAAUUAUCCAGAGAAUGUGGAACCGACUCUUACAUUUAUUCUUCAAAAUUUUCGUAUUGUUGUAUUGAAUAAUGAGCGAGGUUUCUCUGCUCAAAAUAUGAGAGCACUUUGUGAUGUUGGAAGUUCAACAAAGAAAGGAUCUAAUGCUGGAUACAUAGGGAAGAAAGGCAUUGGCUUCAAGUCUGUGUUCCGAGUCACAGAUGCUCCAGAGAUUCAUUCCAAUGGUUUUCAUGUUAAAUUUGAUAUUAGUGAAGGCCAGAUUGGUUUUGUCUUGCCCACAGAAGUACCUCCUUGUGAUAUUGGCUCGCUCAGUAGGAUGGCAUCUACUGGUGCUGAUUCAUAUGAUGAUAAUUCCUGGAACACAUGCAUUGUGCUUCCAUUCAGAUCUCAUCUAUCAGAAGGAACCGACAUGAAGAGUAUGAUGACUAUGUUUGCAGAUCUUCAUCCUUCAUUGUUACUAUUCCUUCACCGCCUUAAGUGUAUCAAGUUGAGAAACUUGGUUGAUGAUACGCAUAUUGUUAUGAGAAAAGAAACUUUAGGAGAUGGUAUCAUUAAGGUUUCUCAUGGGAAAGAGAAAAUGGCAUGGUUUGUAGUAUCUGAGAAGUUGCAUACCAAUUCCAUUCGCUUUGAUGUGCGAACAACUGAAAUCUCUAUGGCGUUUACUCUCCAAGAAUCAGAUGGUGGUUACAGUCCAUGUUUAGAUCAGCAGCCAGUUUUUGCAUUUCUUCCUUUAAGAACAUAUGGCCUGAAAUUUAUUCUUCAAGGUGAUUUUGUUCUUCCCUCAUCUAGAGAGGAAGUUGAUGGAGAUAGUCCUUGGAACCAAUGGUUAUUGUCAGAGUAUCCUAAUUUGUUUGUCAGAGCAGAGAGAGAGUUUUGUGAACUUCCCUGUUUUAGGAGUGAACCUGGAAAGGGAUUGUCUGCAUUCAUGAGCUUUGUUCCUUUAGUUGGGGAAGUGCAUGGUUUUUUCUCCAGUCUUCCUCGUUUGAUUAUUCUUAAACUACAAAUGAUGAAUUGCUUACUUGUGGAGGGUGACAACAAUGGAUGGGUCCGUCCCUGCAAGGUAUUGAGAGGUUGGACGGAGCAGGUGCGCUGUCUUCUUCCUGAUAACAUACUUCUUGAGCACCUCGGGCUCAGAUACUUGGAUAAAAAUAUAGUGUUGUCUGAUACACUAGCAAGAGCACUAGGCAUUGAAGAGUUUGGGCCUAACAUUCUUGUUCGAGUUUUGUCAUCUUUAUGUCACACAAAGAGUGGGCUGAUAUCAAUGGGGAUGAGUUGGUUAGCUUCUUGUCUAACUAUACUCUACGAAACAAUGUUCAAUUCAUCUGUCAUAGCGUCAAUCAAUUUUGAAAUGAGAGAAGAUAUUCUAAAAAAUCUUAAAAAAAUACCAUUUAUUCCACUUUCUGAUGGUACAUACAGCUCAGUGGAUGAAGGCACUAUAUGGUUGCAGUCCAAUACUUUAAACACGGGGUUUGAUGGUGAGCUUAAAAUUGAAGCUUUCCCUAAUAUAUGUGCUAAACUACGAACUGUAAGUCCUUCCCUAUUUUCUGCAUCUUCUGGUACUCUAAGCUUGAAUAUGACUUUUUUGGACAAUGCUACCCGGUUACUUCAGAGUAUUGGCGUUCAACAGUUGUCUGUACAUGAUGUUGUGAAGCUGCAUAUUUUACCUGCCUUGUCUGAUAAAACAAUGGCAAACAAGAACAAAAUGUUGAUGGUAGAAUAUAUGUGUUUUGUAAUGUUACACUUGAAGUCUACCUGUUCUGAUUGUUUCAUCGAAAGGGAGCAUAUAAUCUCUGAGUUACGAUGUAAAUCUUUGUUAUUGACAAAUUAUGGUUUUAAAUGUCCGGCUGAAGUACCAAUUCAUUUUAGUACAGGAUUUGGUAAUCCUGUUACUCCAAAAAUGUUAGCUGAUGUUGUGAAUAUGAGAUGGCAUGAGGUUGACAUAAGCUAUCUAAAGCACCCCGUAAAUGAGUUGGUUUCAUCUGCACUGAUGAAGUGGAGGGAAUUUUUUGAGCAAAUUGGCAUCACAGAUUUUGCUCAAAUAGUCCCGGUGGAUAAGAGUGUUGUUGAUGUAUUGGAUGCCACUUUUAAGCAGGUGAUGUGGGAUAGGGGUCAAAUAUCUACAGAAUCAAUAGUCAAAGAUUGGGAAUCCCCAGAAAUAGUGCAAUUAGUAUCCUUAUUGUCUAAAAUUGGCAAUCAAGAAAGUUGUAAAUAUCUCUUGGAGGUUCUUGAUACAUUAUGGGAUGCUUGUUACAGUGAUAAAACUACAGGUUAUUUUGACUCUAAAUCUGUAGAUGGCCAUUCCUUUAAGUCUACUUUUAUAUGCAGCUUGUGCAAUAUCCAGUGGGUUGUGUCAACCAUUGAUGGUGAGCUACACUAUCCUAAAGAUUUAUUUUAUGAUUGUGAAGCAGUCCGGAUGAUCCUAGGAGCUUUUGCGCCAUAUGCUGUUCCAAAGGUGAAAAAUGAAAGGUUGGUAAAAGAUGUUGGGUUUAAGACUAGAGUUACUCUUGGUGACAUUUUUGAUAUUCUUAAAGCCUGGAGAGAAUCACCUGAGACUCCAUUCAAGGCCAGCAUAAAACAAAUGUCCAAAUUAUAUGCAUUCGUUUGGAAUGAAAUGGCAGCUUCGAAGCAGAAAACCAUGGAAAAUUUGAUGUCUGGACCUUUUAUAUUUAUCCCGUACUCAUCUUUCAAUAGUCAUGAUGAUGUUGUAUGUGGGACCUUUUCUUAUCCCAAUGAAGUGUAUUGGCAUGAUUCAACUGGGUCUGUUCAGCAAAUGAAGGAGUUCCAUCCUCAAUGCAGCUCAUCUCAUUUACCUAUAAACAAGUCGCUGUACAAUAUUUACCCUGGUCUUCAUGGUUUCUUUGUUGACGAAUGUGGAGUGCAAGAAGAACCUCCUCUGCGCAGCUAUAUUCAAAUUUUGCUGCAGUUAUCAACUGUUAGUUUGCCUUCACAAGCAGCAGAUAAAAUUUUCCAUGUUUUCCUCAAGUGGGCAGAUGGACUAAAAUCUGGUUUGCUGAGUGUUGAGGAUGUCAUAUAUCUAAAAGAGUGUCUUUCAAAAUUAGAAUUUCCAGUGCUUCCUACUGUGCAAGAUAAGUGGGUUUCAUUACAUCCUUCCUUUGGUCUUGUCUGCUGGUGCGAUGAUAAGAAGUUGAAAAAAGAAUUUAAGCAUUCCGAUAACCUUGACUUUCUCUAUUUUGGUGAGCUAACUGAUGAUGAUAAAGAGAUUGUGCAAGAAAAAAUUUCCGUUCUCAUGAAAAAGUUAGGUAUUCCAGCAAUCUCAGAGGUUGUAACCCGGGAAGCAAUAUAUUAUGGUCUUGCUGAUUGUAGCUUGAAAGAGUCAUUGAUAAACUGGAUGCUUCCAUAUGCUCAGCGCUACAUUUAUAAACUUCAUAGUGAUAAAUAUGUUCAACUCAAGGAGUCUGGUUUCAAUAUUUUGAAUAAUCUUAAAGUCAUUGUUGUUCAGAAGCUGUUCUACAGGAAUGUUAUAAAGAGUGGUGGCAGUGUAUCAAAUAAGCGAGUUGAAUGUAGUUGUCUUCUGCAGGGAAACAUUUUGUACACUGCUGAAAAAUCAGAUUAUCAUUCCUUGUUUAUGGAGCUUUCGGGUCUGUUACUUGAUGGGACUUCUGAAUUACACUUGGCGAAUUUCCUUCUUAUGAUAACAACCAUGGCAGAAUCCGGUUCCUCUAAGGAGCAAAUAGAAUAUUUCAUAUUGAAUAGCCAAAAGGUGCCAACACUUCCAGAUGAAGAACCGGUUUGGGUAGUAUCUUCUGUGUCUUCUCUGGUAGAGGCUGAUGGGUCGCACCCUUCAGCUCAUGUUCCAUCAACAAAUCAACAGAUCUUUCCAAGAAGGAAGACUGGAGUAUACUCAAACUGGCCACCAGCUGAUUGGAAAACCGCACCAGAUUUCAGUUUUGCCCGUGCCAAUGGUUUCAAGACCAACCCUGCCCAGGUUAGCAGUUUUUCUGAAGUGAAGAAGGAUGAUAAUUCUGAAAGCAUUAUUGCUCCACCGGUUUGUGCUGAACAAGGAUCAGUUGCUGUUGACUGGACUAUUAAAGAUGAUCUACCAGCAAGUUCAUUAAUGCCAUUGCAUGAAAAUGAAAAUGAAAACUUAGAAGAUCAAUCCUACCAUGAUUUUGAGCCAACUGCGUUUAGUCUCCAUGCUGAAUCUGAUCCUGUUAGUUUAGGUGAAGCUUUGGAUGAAUCGUUGGAUGAAGCUCGGUUGAGCUCACCAGCUUUUAGCAACAGAGUCCGACUUCAAACUGGUACAUUAGAUACAGCACAAACAAAGUUAACUGGCAGAUUAGGCGAAUUUCUUGCAUGCAAAUACUUUGUUGAUAAAAUUGGCAAGACUUCUGUAAGGUGGGUUAAUGAAUUUAAUGAAACGGGACUUCCAUAUGAUAUAGUCAUUGGGGAGGAGACCAAUCAAGAGUUCAUAGAAGUUAAAGCAACCAGAUCUCCAAGAAAAGACUGGUUCAUAAUAACAAUGAGAGAGUGGCAGCUUGCAAUUGAAAAAGGUGAAUCUUUUAGCAUUGCAUUUGUCGCAAUAAUGGGAAAUAAUGUUGCGAAGAUUACAAUAUUCAAAAAUCCAGUGAAGUUAUGCCAGCUAGGUGAGCUGCAAUUGGCUGUUAUGAUGCCAAGACAACAAAAGCAGUUCUCUGUUGUCUCGUAGCUUCGAUUCUUGUUUUAUUAUAUUGUGUGGAUGGAUUUGGUGAAGCCUGUAUUUAUCCCUUUUGAAGCUACCUUUGCAUCCAGGCUUGCUAGAGGCAUAUGUGUUGGUAAUUUCGGCUGAGAAGAUCAAUGAUAUGGAUGGGAUAUCACUUAUUGCAAAAUGCAAGAUAUGUUGAUCACGUGAGUGGUUGUACCCAAGAUUUUGCUUUUGUGUGGAUAUAUUUUUGCAUAUACCACAUGUCUAAGUCACCCCAAGGAGAAAGAUACCUGGGCAAAUAUAGUGGGAAUAUUCUUGCAUCACUUUAUUUGCUUUCUCUUAUUCCUAGAUUUUGGUGAGGGUGGGCGAGCCUUGUGGAAUAAUAGAUCUUUAAUAUUCUGGAAGAUGUUCCUGUCAGUUUCAGCUAUUUGUUACGUGUAUGUCUCAAGUGUUUAUGGCUACCACUACUGGAAGACUUAUUUUAAUUUAUAGGGCGAAGCUCAAG